GCCCAUCUCUCUCUCUCUCUCGUCUCUCGCUUCGUCACGUCCCCUCACGCCGCACAAGUCACCCUUCUCCCUUCUCGCCUAUGGCAUAGCUCCCGCCCUCACGACCACCACAUACCCUCAACACACACACACGCCAUGGCCACCUCCUCCUCGAGCGCCUCGAGCGCCUCGCCGCUCGCCUCCUCCUCCCAAGGCCCGCUCGACUCGGCGCGCGGCCGCGCCUCGGCGUCGCUGGGCUUCGAGGCGCCGCCUGCGCAUCUGGCACUCGCUCAAGUGCACUACCUCGUCCGGCACGGCGAGCGCACGCCCGUGCGCACGCGCCUCACCAACUCCAACCCCGCGAUCCCAGCGCGCUGGAACUUCUGCCACGCCGGUCGGCAAUUCGCCACGGCCGUCUCCGACCUCACUCCGACCGAGGGCGCCCAUCGACUGCCGGCUGGCCCAUGGCAGAAGAAGGGCGAAGAGCAGUGGAGCGGCACGAUGCGCGUGGCCAAGGGCACGGAGUCGACGAAGCGGGACACGCCGGUGCCGGGCGAGGAGGGCGAAUGUCUCCUCGGCGAGCUGACCGACCUCGGCCGAGCCUCAACCUUUCAGCUCGGCGCCGCCUUGCGGGCACUCUACAUUGACCAGCUCCAGCUCUUGCCCUCCAGGCUGUCGCCGCAAGAUGCAGAGGCAGUCUACUUCCGCAGCACCAACAUGUCGCGCACCAUUGAGUCAUGCCAGAGCCUGAUCCGCGGCCUGCUGCCGCAGACGCGCGAAAAGGAGGAUGCCUUUACGCCGACGAUUCUCGUCCGCAACGGCACCGACGAGAACCUGCUGCCCAACACGUUUGGCUGUGCCCGUCUGCGCGUGCUCGACGGGCAGUUCGCCGCGUUUGCCGCCUCCCAGCACGCCUCUCAUCUCGCCACGUUUGACGCCGCAGUGGCGCCGCACUGCGACGGCACGUUGCCUCGCGUCGAUGGCCACCCGCGUCUCAACGGCAUCGUCGACACGAUCCGCGCUGCUCAAGCACACGCGUUGCCCGUGCCGAAGGUAUUCGAGAGGCCGGAUGUGGUCGAGGCGUUCGAGACGGCCGUGGUGGAUGAGUGGUUCACGGGAUACAAGGCGCAGGAUGAGGCACUGCGGAAACAGUAUCGCCGCCUGGCCAUGGGCAGACUGCUUGGCGACUUGCAGGGGCGCAUGCAGAGCAAGGCGGAGAAGGGAGAGCAGGAGAAGCUCAAGCUGGCUCUUUACUCUGCACACGACACAAGUCUAGCGGGUCUCCUCUCCACGCUCGAUGUCUUCGAGCAGCGCUGGCCCAGCUUCACCGCCAGCGUGGGCAUCGAGCUGUGGCGCGACACGCGUGCCUCUGCGCAGCCCUCGCUGCUCUCCUUCCUCGGCCUUGGCCGCUCGACGACGCAGCACUACGUGCGUAUGCGCUACGGCGACUCGACGCUCCGGCUGCCCGCGUGCGCAGGCAAGGGCCAGCACCUGGACGGCAAGCCGGAGUUCUGCACGCUCGAGGCGUUCGGCGAGGCGGUGGAGGCACUGCGACAUGAGGGCGGCAAGACGUGGGAGGAGGAAUGCGAGGAGGGCAGAGGAGCCAAGAGCUCCAAGUAGAAUGCGAUGUCGUCGAGCUGGUGUGUGAGGCGUGCGGUGAGAUCGUUCCGGUGCUUCUGCUCGCUUGCUCUCCCCUUCUCUCUCUCUCUUUCUCCCCCCCUCCCCCCCC